UAUACAAUCAGUGGCUGUUUGGGAGCCGCGCGGGCGCAACAGCAGCGGUGGUCGACGGAGCGAGGUGUUCUCACGCAGGCGCAGUAUACGCAGAUACCGGGCCGCAUCCACACGUGCGACAACCACCUGGCUUUGUCGUCGCCGACAUACACGUUGCUGUAACAUAGUGCUACAAGUGAAGCUCGAGAGCCGGCAACAUGCGCCCAAUGCUGGCGUUGAUACUAUUUUCUCUGUUCUCACUGAGUUUGGCUGGAGAUACUACUACUGAAAGUUACAAUGAGCAGUUUAACACGAUAGAACCAAAACCAUCGGUACGUUUGGAUCCAUACAUACGAAAAGCCUUACUUAAAGCUCUCAGUGAACUUGAAGAGUCUACCACAGGAACUGAACUUCUUGAUGGAACCACAGGCUUAGAUUCAGACAGUUAUACUACCGGAGAAGAAGCACCUGAAGCUCAGACAGAUAAAGAAGGGAUACAAAUUCAUUCAUUUAUAGUCAACGGACAAGCCGCUUUUACUAACAAUUCCACCAACGUACCCACCAUAGUUGACAACAAUAUAUCUAUAUUGAGCACUACGGCAGGUAAUGUUGAAAGUCAAGUCACAGCGACUUUACCAACAUCGGCUCCAUUUCCUGAAAUAUUUCAAACAAAAGGUGACAACAAUUUAUUACAAACAAGAAGUAUAGCUAGUGCCUCUAAAUCUAGCACUGAAAACAGUGCCAGCAUCAAAAAACCGACAAUUAAACCCAUAACUUCAACAACAACAACAACAACGACCACGACUACUACAACGACCACUACGCCGAAACCGACCCACAAUGAAGACGGAGAAAAUAUUGAAGAAGUCGAUAAACGUGACGUUCAAGUCUAUCAAGCACCUUUAGUUGCGGCCUUUACAGUUCACCAGGAUCCACAAGGUCUACCGAAAAAAGUAAUACCACUUUAUCAACAAACAUCUAGUCAAAACUUUAUGAGGCCGCUACCUGUUACGAAUUUGGCAUCUGGAGUUUUACAUUCUCAACCUCUAGGUUCAAUCAUUCCAAGUGUAAAUUUGAAUCAAAUACCCCAAUCAGAUUACAUAAACCAACAGAUAUUAUUACAAAGACAACUCGAAGAGAAGCAAAGAAUUCUUGAGGAACAACUACGAUUCUUACAACAGCAACAAAGACAACAAGAAGAACUUCUAAGGAAACAACAAUUUCUUUUACAACAAAAGGAAGCACAGCGACAGCAAAUUCUUUUGAAUUCUCAGAAGUUCCAGGCACAGAGUUCUGUUAAUAAUUUUCAAGUCCAGAAAAAUAUUCCUCAGAACCAAUUUGUGAAUGCGCCAAUAAGAUCUAACGGUCAGGUAACUAUUCAACCCAGUGUACCAUUAGAAGCGAGUAGCACAGUUACAAACCAACAGUUACCAAAUCGUGAAGCUGUCGAUUUUCUCAUACAUCUGCACAGUCAACAGCCUGAUCAGUUUCCAUUACAGGAAAACCAUUUGCCUCAAGGAAUCAGCAACUUUCUACAUCCCACCUCAGGUCAAAACUUUCACCAAGGAUUAAACUUUAAUCAAGUUAGAGGUGUCAACGAUCAGUUUGGCCAACAAAAACAAAACCAUCGGGUAUUCCGACAAGAUAGUGGUGUCGGUAAUUUUGGUUUGAAUAACCAAAACUAUAAUACAUUUAACACUUUUAAUCCAAUUCAUACGAAUCGUUUCUUUCCUAUAAAUGGCCGUGUCAACUAUAACAACGCUGAUGCCGAAUUGAAACAACUGCUCGCUCAAAAUGGUUUACACGGCAGGAAUCAAGAAGAUUUAAACAUUGUAUCAAAAGUUUUAUCAUUGAAUCAUGGUGUGGCUGUAACUAACAAUAUCUCUAAUAGAUUAGCCUACGACAGUCGGAGGCAUGUAAGGCCGCUUAUUUAAUCAAGAAUUGUUUCAACAUUUAAAAUAACUAGUUAAGUAUAAAGGAAAGAAAUUUUUGAGUUCAAAAUUAUUGUAUCACCGUUAAGGCAGCAUUAUUUUGGAGAAUUUACAAUUAAUUUGGCGUUAGAAUCAUGUUUGUAAUGAUUUUAAAUCUCAUACUUUUAAAACACAUCUUUGAACAAUUACAAAAUUUUCAUAUUAAGACAAAAUAACCAAAGAAACACAGAAACAUAAAGUAUUUUAAAAAUAACAGAACGUCGCGCCGUUAUACCAGUCUUCUACGCUGUUUUAUUAUAGAUUAAGUUAAUUAUUUAUUUUACUGUAUAAUAUGUUAUAUGAACUGCCAUAAGUAGUAUAAUUAAGAAAAUGAUGACAGUAAUGGUGCAGCUUUAUAUAUAUAACGGACAAUAUCGUUAUAAUGUAGAAUACCUGUCCUAUAACACGCAUUCUGUGUCACUGCAGGUCACAUUUUAAAUAUCGUUUAAAGCAUUUCACCACUCCACAGGCACGAAAAAAAUUCAAUUCAAUCAAGAUCAUAUUAUAACCUUGGUAAAUAAAUAUCCAGUAGCUGAUUUUAGUAGGUAUCUAUCUAAAUAAACAGAAUGACAUAAUACAUAAUAAUUAUGUUGCAACCAAAUAUAAUGGUCGUGACUCUGAAAUAGACGUACCUAUGUACCUACAAUGAUUCAUAAAAAUAUGUAGUAGGUACCUAAUGAAUAAUUAAUGUAGUACACGAAUGCACUUUAUUAUUAUUGCAAAUUGUUAAAUUUUCAGUGUAAUAAUUUUAAACAUGUUAAAAAACAAAACUGUGUACUAAAAUUUGAAUAAUCGUUGAGUACCUACUUACUCUUAAUUAUUUUAUAAGUUUAACUUUAAGUAUAAGUACUUAUAUUAAGUUAAUUACAUUUAUUAUUAUUUUAGCCAAACUACAAUUAAAUAAACAUCUCUCCCUACAAUUAGAUGUAAGUAUCUACAGUAAGUUGCAUUAAAGAAGUUGAGAAAACCGAGAGAAAUCUCGGUUAUCUUUAAUCGAAGUUAUUUCAAACAUAAAAAGGUCUUCCCAUCCCAUUAACGAGCAUUAUGGUAAAUUAUGAUCAUGUAGAUUAUGAUGUCAUCUAAAUUAAAUACGUAGAAAGCAUUCUCAACAUUUUAUGACGAUAUUAUUGUUAACCAUCUCUCGACCUACUUGGUUACUAAAGUAUAAAUUUGUUUGUUCUAAUCAAAUUUAAGAUUUAAUUUAAAUAGUUUACUGCAUGCAUGAGUCGUAAAACGAAUUACCAUCGUGUCGUCGUGAAUAAAAUUGUUAUAAAUAGAUAGAAGUCAUAUAUAGGUUUAAAUAUUGAUAAUAACCUGUGUAAAUAAACGUCUUUCAAAUGUU